ACCACCACGACCAGUGACCAGUGAGCACCACCACGACCCAGUGACCACCACGAACCACCACGAACCACCACGGACCACCACAAAACGUCGCCACCACCACCACCCGUGAUCGUCGACACCGAACAGAGGCCAUCGCCACCACGAGCAGUACCCGUCGCCACCACCACCCGUGAUCAUUAAAAGAUGGCUCCCAGACUCAUUAUUCCAGCCACCGAGCAUUUUACUGGCCGCGUCACAUAUAGGGGCACUGGAGUGUUUGCAAAAAUCAAAGCUCGGUUUGAGGAGUUCAACCUUAAUAACACGGCGAAUGAAAGCCGUUUCGGGAACUUCUGGAAUGCCGUUCCCUUGACAUUCUCCUCGGUGUUAUUUCACCAGUUGAUGCUCCACAAAAUGAAAGUGGAUGCUCAGGAGGAGUUGAGGAUGAGGUUUUAUGUUGGUCGGAAGGAGGUCCGAUUCGGGGUGCUGGAGUUUGCACUCAUUACGGGUUUGGACUUCUCCUCGGGGCCAACAGAAGAGGAGAAGGCUGCGCAGGUUGCGCGCUCGGGGUCAGACCGAUUGAUCAACAGAUAUUUCAACCGGUCUGAUAGUGUGAAGACAGAAGCACUCCAACUUCAGUUCACAAACUGCCAGAACCCGGAAGACUUGUACAAGCUCGGCUUGUGCUUGUUUGUGGAGUCAGUGCUUCUGGGCCGCGAGGCAAACGCGCUGAUCACGCCUCACAUACUUAGAUAUGUGGAAGACCUCGAGUUCUUCUUCCGGAUUCCUUGGGGGAAGCACUCAUUCGCAAGACUCAUGCACUCGCUUCAGAAAGACAUGUUGAAACAGAAGGCCAACUACGAGAAGAAGCUGAGUUCGGAUGUUCAGCACGAGUGCAAAUACACAGCAUAUGGCUUCGCACCUGCAGUACAAUAUUGGGCGUACGAGGCUAUUUUGGAGGUUGGGAAGAGGUAUGGCACGAACCACGGGAUUCGGUUCCCCAGGAUGCUUAGCUGGACAAGCAAAGGCGAUAUUGGGAAGAAAGACGUCAGCGCAUUAUUUUCUAGACGGAAUCUGGAAGUGGUGAAGGGGCUACUUCCACGGACAGAGGAGGAGGCAUUUGUGAGGACAAUAUCUUACGAUGGUGUGGAGAACCUGGUUGAUGAUGUUGUGGAUGACACAGAGGCUGAGGCAGGUAGUCAGGUACCAGAGACUCAGGUCCCAGACACUCAGGAAAGAAACACUCAGGUACCAAUUUUUGGAACUUUUUUUUUAUGUCUUUAUUUUUUAUUGUUUUUGUUUUGUGAUAUUUGUUACAUUGUGGAAUUAUCGUAUGCUUACCGUAUUUUUUUGAUAUAUAUUUUUUCAGGCCACUGGUUCAGAACCUCAGCCCAGUGCACCAUCUUCAUCAGGCGUUCGGGGUGCCGAGUACACUGA